AUGGGUGCCGGUGCAGCUGGAUUACGGGGAUCGCGGCUCUCGCCAGAGGUUUGUGUGCCGACAAAAACAACUUUUUUGACGAGGUUAUUGUUCAGGAGCGCGCCAAUAGUUCAAAGUCGAGAGCCAUCGACCGGGCUCUGUCGAAAGAUCAUACGGAUGAUCUGAAUCGCUUCAAAAUCCUCUUGUUGGGGACGUCGGAAAGUGGAAAGAGCACCAUUUUCCGACAAAUGAGGUAAUCUGGAAAAAGACAAUUGAAAAUGGGUUGAAAAAUUGAUAAUUUUUGCGACUGAAUGUGAGCUAAGCGUAAAUUUUUUGAUAGCGUUUUGAAUUUCACGUGCCAGCUGAAAAUUCACUUACUCUAAGGCAUACGCUUAGACUGUUCAAUGAGCCUCAACGAAUUUAAAAACUAUAUUGAAACUACGGUAGGCACUUUUCUCAUUGGUAGGUAAAUUAUGGGAAAAUGCUGCAACUGUAGGCUACAGUAGUGCGAGAGUUUACUUCGUGUUAGGUGGGAAUAUCUGAAUGCGUGUGAAUAUAUGUUUAUAUGUUUUUGGCGAAGUUUGAUCUUACGCAGUCUCACUGAGGUUCACAUCAAGAAUUCAAUCAAAACAAGUUACUGAGUAUACAUGAACAUAUCAAAACCGGGUGCUCUUCAGAGUGCUGCAUCUUGACGGAUACGCAAAAGAAGAUGCUCUCGAGUACGUGUCGAUCAUCCAUUCCAACUGCAUGGAAGCCCUCACACAACUGGUCGAUGCGUGCUCGGCUUUCGGAAUCCACCACGAUAUCACAGUUCAGGUACGGGCGCAUGUUUUGCAAGACCUUUUUUCUUCCCACGCUUUUUCCUAUGUUGCUAUGAAAAAAAAAGAAAGUACCUUUUCAGGAAGACGUGAAUCGAUUCGAGGACUUCAAGCGCAAGCUUCGUGAUCCGGAGGGCCUUGUGCUCCCGGUAGUGAUCGGCAGAUGCAUGGACCGUGUCUGGCAGAGCUCUAGCCUCCAAUUGUGCUAUGAGACUCGCCGUUUCCGGUUUGCUCUGCUUGACAGCGCCAAAUAGUAAGGGAAUUGAAAAGAAACGGACAAAAAUGUAACACACGUUGUUUCUAGCUUUAUGGACAACAUUGUCCGUCUCACCGAGGACAGCUAUGUCCCGACCAUUCAGGACAUCGUUCACUGUCGAAUCUCAACGACUGGAAUCAACGAAAUCGCGUUCAAUCACAAGAAGAUGGACUUUAAGUACGAUCUUGUUUUUAUUUUCAACAUGCUAAAACAAUUUUUCAGAAUGGUGGACGUCGGUGGCCAGCGCAGUGAGCGCAGAAAGUGGAUUCAUUGCUUCGAUAACGUCGACAUGAUCCUUUUCAUCGUCUCAAUGAGCGACUACGACCAGCUGGAUCCUGAAGACCACAAAUUCGUAUGGAAAUCAAAUCUCAAAUUUAUCUUCUACCUUUUGUUUUCCAGAACCGCAUGAAACAAAGCUACGAGAUCUUCAAAACCAUCGUCCAUUCGGAUCUUUUCCGUCACGCCUCCAUUGUUCUCUUCCUCAACAAAUAUGACAUAUUUGUCGAGAAGCUGAAGACUUCGCCUCUUCGCAGAAGUUUCAAAAGUUAUGAUGGUGAGGAGUGUUUCUCACCGUUGGAACCAAAAAAAAAACUAUGAGCUCAGGUGACAACUCCGAGAAAAGCGCGGCGGAUUUUAUCAAGAAGCUCUUCCGUCGUUGCAUCACUGAUCGCCACAAGUACUUUGUAUUUGAGACCACUGCUACGGACACGAGAAACAUUGACUUGGUAAGGAUGGGUUGUCUACCCGAUCAAGUUACGGUCAAUGCACCAUGUGUUGCUUUCAAAAUUUCACGCAAAAAAGAGUCCUCAAUCUCAUUUGAAUCCACGUCAACCUGUGACACUUCAUUAAUCUUUUGCAGGUGUUCGGCUCGGCUGUCGCCCACAUCGUUAACGAGAACUUACGUUCGGCCGGAUUGCACGAGUAA